CAAACAAUGAAUCUUUUUGGUCUAUAUUUAACAGUUUCGCGACAAUCGACUCACUUCACUUCCUGAAAGAUUUGAGAAGCUUCAAAAUCUUACAGCACUUUUUCUUCAAUAUAAUCAAUUUAAAGAGUUUCCUCGCAUUUUAUUCAAACUUCGACAACUCAAAGAAUUGAAUCUUUCCAACAACGAAAUAGAAGGUGAUGUUAAAGUGGAGAAUAUUCAGCUAGAGCAACUUGAUCUUAGUCACAAUAAAAUUAGCUAUUUUGAUAUGGCAGAAGAUAGUUGUAGUAGCUUGGUCAAACUCAAUCUCAGCGAUAAUCGACUUAAACAGUUACCGUCUAUACAUAUAAUGAAGCAUUGGUUGAAAUUGCAGGAGCUUUUAGUCAGUCAAAAUAAAUUGAGAAACCUUAUAUCAGUCGCGAAGAAUGAAACGCUUGAUUUACCGUCACUCGUUCGGCUCGAUGCAGGCAAUAACGUAAUAUCUAAGGUCAUUUCCAAGGACGAAGAAAGUGUAAUGGUAAAUGAAGAAAUCAAGGUGGUCAUGCUACCCAAACUUCUGGAACUUACGCUCAGUACCAAUAACAUCAAUGAGUCAGACGAAGGUCUCAGGAUAUUAUUCACCGGUGCCCCAGUUAUUCAGAUUUUAGAUUUGUCAUCGAAUCAAUUUGGAAUGAUCCCAGAUAUAAUCAUUGAUAAAUUAGAACAUUUGGAACGUUUGGAUAUACGAGGAAAUCAGUUACGCACCCUUCCUUAUGGUCUAGGAAAAUUGUUAAAUUUAAAGGUUAUUCAUUGUGAGAGAAAUCCUAUGCGUUCGUAUUCAUACAUGAGCCAAACGCAACUUAUUGAAUCUCUAAGAUGUAACUACCAAAAGCAAGUUGAAAAACUUGAAGAAGAUCAGCAACAACAACAACAACAGCAGCAGCAGCAGCAACAACAACAACAACAACAACAACAGAAGCAGCAACAAGAGCACAAUCAAGAACAGAAAGAAUCAUGCCUACAAGAAGCUACCGUUAAUGUUCGAACGAGGAAGCCAAAUGAUGGUGAAGACAAUGUAGAGCGCUCCUUAUUAGCAUCUGUCCCGGUCAACCCGAUUAGAAGAUUGGACUUUUCUCGUAAAGAGUUAUCGGAUAUUUCUGACAACUUAUUACAGUUUACCUAUGACCAAAUACCCGGAAUUAUACAGCUAGAUCAUAAUACCCUCACUGCAUUCCCCUUGAAUUUCAAUAACAUAUCCGAUUUCAUUGUUGAGCUUAAUCUUGAGCACAAUCGAAUCACUCAGUUCAGUUUAACAAUGAAGGGCCUCAGCUUUGCUAAUCUCAAAAAAAUCAAGCUGAAUAAUAACCGUCUGAAAAGUUUGGAUAGCAAUGAUACUAUAGCUAUUUCCUUUCCAAAGCUUUCAGAGCUAGAUCUUAGUUUCAACUCUCUUACUUCGCUUCCAGAGAACCUUUCAGGAAUGCUACCCUGUCUUAGAUCGCUCCAUAUCAGCUCCAAUAAGCUGGAUAACCUUACUGGGAAGCAUUUUGAUGCGUUCAAAACCCUUGAGGUGUUGAACCUCAGCAACAAUGACAUAGGAUAUCUCCCACCAGAGUUGUCAACUAUUCCUAACCUGAAAGAAUUAAUAGUAUAUGGAAAUAGAUUCAGAGUUCCUCGCCCUGCGGUUGUGGAUCAAGGAACACAAGCAGUACUGGAUUUUUUGAAAAGGCGUUAUUUGGCCUCUUUGAAUAACAACGAUACUGUGUAGCUGUAAAAUGAAAAUAUUACAAAAGUAGUAUGUAUAGAAUAUCUGUUACUCGCACCAACUAUACAUAUAAUAAAAGAUGUAAUAACUCUGAUAGUUUAGCAACCGAGAUAAAACCCACGCUCAUUACUGUAGACUAAUGCAACGUUUGUUUCCUAAUUCUAAAAAGUAUAUACAUCUUGCAGUUUUACGUUGGCUUUUCC